UGGAUGUUGGCGGCAACCGGGCAGGGGAAAGGCUCUGAGAACGUUGGUGGCGACGCGGUCGGGCGCUCAUUGAGGGAGGCGGCGCGGUCGGGUUCUUUCUUGUGAUGGGCGGAUGGAGUCGCACUGAUUAUCCGGGAAGCCAUUGCGGAGGGUGGUGUGGCAGACCCGGGCCUACUGGUGCAAGCGGUGGCAGCCGCCCCCGAACACAAGGAGACCCCCCGCAGCUCCCGUAAGGUGGAGUGGACAGAGAGAAAACAUUGGAGGGGAGAGGAAAAAGUAUUCAGUGAAGAAUGAAAAGAAAGAGUGAAGAUAGUCCAAGUCCCAAGAGACAGCGCCUUUCUCAUUCAGUCUUUGACUACGCAGCAGCAUCACCAGCCCCAUCACCACCAAUGCGACCAUGGGAGAUGACAUCAAAUAGGCAGCCUCCUUCAGCUCGACCAAGCCAACAUCACUUCUCAGGGGAACGAUGCAACACACCUGCGCGCAACAGAAGGAGCCCUCCUGUUAGACGCCAGAGAGCAAGAAGAGAUCGACUGUCUCGACAUAAUUCCAUUAGUCAAGAUGAAAACUACCAUCUUCCUUAUGGACAGCAACAAGCAAUAGAAGAACCACGAGCCUUUCACCCACCAAAUGUGUCUCCCCGUAUGUUGCACCCAGCUGCUCAUCCACCACAGCAGAAUGCAGUCAUGGUUGACAUCCAUGAACAGAUUCACCAGGGCACAGUCCCUGUUUCAUAUACAGUGACCACAGUAGCACCACAUGGGAUCCCACUUUGCACAGGUCAGCACAUACCAGCUUGCAACACGCAGCAGGUCCCAGGGUGUUCUGUGGUUUUCAGUGGGCAGCACCUCCCUGUCUGCAGUGUGCCUCCUCCAAUGCUUCAAGCAUGUUCCGUUCAACAUUUGCCGGUUCCAUAUGCAGCUUUCCCACCCCUUAUUUCUAGUGAUCCAUUUCUCUUACAUCCUCCACACCUCUCCCCACACCAUGCUCCACAUUUGCCACCUCCAGGCCAGUUUGUUCCUUUUCAAACACAGCAAUCACGAUCGCCUCUCCAAAGGAUAGAAAAUGAAGUAGAGUUACUUGGAGAUCAUCUUCCUGUAGGAGGUUUUACCACCUAUCCACCUUCUGCCCAUCCACCAACAUUGCCUCCCUCAGCUCCUCUUCAGUUCCUAGCGCAUGACCCUUUACAUCAAGAGAUGUCAUUUGGAGUACCUUAUCCACCUUUCAUGCCUCGAAGACUCACAGGCCGCAGUCGAUACCGAUCUCAACAACCAAUUCCACCUCCCCCUUACCAUCCCAGCCUAUUGCCAUAUGUGCUAUCAAUGCUUCCUGUGCCACCUGCCGUUGGGCCAGCCUUCAGUUUUGAGCUGGAUGUAGAAGAUGGUGAAGUGGAAAACUAUGAGGCACUGCUGAACUUGGCAGAAAGACUGGGUGAGGCCAAACCAAGGGGAUUGACAAAAGCAGAUAUUGAACAACUUCCAUCUUACAGAUUCAACCCAAAUAACCAUCAGUCAGAACAGACUUUGUGUGUAGUAUGCAUGUGUGACUUUGAGUCAAGGCAACUGCUUAGAGUUUUACCAUGUAACCAUGAGUUCCAUGCCAAGUGUGUCGACAAAUGGCUUAAGGCAAAUCGUACCUGCCCUAUCUGCAGAGCUGAUGCUUCAGAAGUGCAUCGUGAUUCAGAAUGACCAGUCUAAGAGCACAAUUCUACUUUGGGUGUUCCUAGUCACAUGUGUGUAUAUAUAUAUAUGAACUCUCCAUUGAACUUAACCCGUGUGGCUUCCAGCCUUCCCUUUACACAAAAGGGUCAACGGACCUUUCUUUGCACUGUGUGAUUUAAUCAACUAUAAAGCUUAUAAUUAGUCUUCACAAUUAUGGGAUUGUUAUACUAACUGUGUGAUUGGAACUCCAAAGAUUUUUUUUUUUU